UGGCCUGCCUCUGAGGUUUUCAAGGUCAAAGAGAGAGACGGUUCUCAAGGAAAUCGCUUUGGGAUUUUUGUACUAAGCUCACUGUGUUUAUUAUGCACAUGGCCUUGUAUUAGUUCCUUCAGGACAGCAGGGGGGAUGGACAUCUAUUUAUUUGCUUAGUUUUCAGCUCUUUUCGAGACUCCCAAUGUUCCAAACCAGAGGCAUGGUUACUGGGUGAUAUUCAGCAUGAGUAGAGCCCUCACAGUUGAGCAGAUCACUUCCAUGGUAUCGGGUGACUCAUUGUCUGUUCCAGAGAGGAGUAAUUAAACCUGGAUUUUAAAUUUCUAUUUCUCUUCUUCACUCUUAGACCGUGGGCAGCUCUUAACUUUUACCUUUAUUCUUUAGCUGUUGAAAAGGGAGUGUCCUACCUGCCUCGUAAGGUGACUGGUGGGGUCAGAGGAGAUGUGGUGCUCUGUGUUUUCACCUUCGGAAAACAUCCAGUCCUGCAGUGCCUGAAAUGUGGUUGAUAAUGGCUUUUUUACCCAAAGAUGUGUCACCAUUUAAAAUCCACUUUGCAAGCCAGAGGUUGGGCUAGGUAAAGUAUGUUUGCACACCGCCUCCCCUGAACUUGGCCUCGUUUUGGUGACGGAGCUGGCGGGUGUGUCUUCUCUAAGUUGUCGGGUUUUCAUUUCUGACGACUGUGCCCGUCUGCUUCUCCUGGGACUUUGCGUCACCAGGAAGAGAAACUCCUAGGUCAGUCUAAGCAAAAGUCCGUGAGCAGAAAUGAAUGAAUAAACGAAGGCGUUACUCCAGGGGUCUGGAGUGUGGACUCACACCCAGUGGCUUGAGAAACGGGCGGGAGUCUCUCUUGGGAGAGACUCGGGGUGGCCGAAGGAAAGCUUGCAGGAACCGAGGGGGCCGCUGUAUUUCAUCACGUCUGAGGAGGCGGUGAGCACGGGGACGCGUCACCACGUCGGUGGUGGAAUGUGCCAGAGGGGGCCCCGCCUGGCGUGUGGAUGCGCGAAGCGACGCGUCCACCCCCUGUUGUGUUGAUGCCUCGCUGCUUCCUUCCUGGCGUCUGGGUCUGCCAGUGUCUCUUUCCUUCACGUGGAUUAUUUGGUGUAACGGGCAGUCUCCUUGCACCUGUUUCCAGAGAAGACGCAGCCAAGCUCCGAGUGUCGGCUCCACCACGGAUUAGCUGUGUGGUCGCAGGUGAAACCUCUCUGAGCCUCGGUUUCCCCGUGAGAGCACACACAGGCAACACGCGGGACUUGUGAGCCAGAGGAGAGCCACGACCCCGUGGUCUAAGAGGGCAGCCGUUGACGCGCGUGGGUUUCAGAUGGAAGAGACUUCAUUUUGGGGCCACAAGGGGGAGGAGUUAGUGAGACGAUUGAAACAUGACUGGAGAGAGGAGGGACUUUGUGAAGGAGGGCACCUGAGGAUGUGGGCGGGGAUGGCAGGUGUGGGGACAGAAGGUGCCAGGAAGGUGCCAGAGAGCGGCUGGGGAGGUGCGAGGAGCCCUGUGGAACCAGGUGGGGCCAGGCUGGCACUGGGGCUGGAGGUGGUGAGCGAGCCGCGGGCCCUCCUGCGGGAAGAGAGACACGGAGAGGACCGUGUUGUUGCAGUUGAUAAAAAUGGUGAUGUAUGCAUCUCCAUUCUUCAUGAGCCCGGCGAGGACAAAUACGGGUACGAAAAGCCAGAGGAACGCUGGCUCCCUAUUCACACUGUGGAAACCAUCAUGAUUAGUGUCAUUUCCAUGCUGGCAGACCCGAACGGAGACUCCCCUGCUAACGUGGAUGCUGCGGGUCUCCAACUGAGAAACACGGCACUGUUUCCCUGCACUCUACCCACCUAUCGCUGGACUUCUGUCGUAACAAGUUGGCAGACACUGGCUGGAAGUGGGCUGCGAUAGAACAUGCCAGUAUCAGUGCUGACACAAGAGCCUAACAAGUGCCAACUUACAGAUGAUUACGCAUUUUGAAUUCUAAUGAACUGUUUUAACCUUCAGGAAGAAUUGUAAAGACCUGUACAUAGCACAACAUGAUCCGGAUAAUAUAUAUACUAUUCAUGUACAUCCACAGAUACACCUUGUACCAAAUAAUGCUUUCUUGUAGUAGAAUAAGAAUCGUGUAAAUUCUAAAAGAUUUUAGCAGGUUUUCUUUCCCUCUUCAUUGUUUCUUAUCAGUUUUAAAAGACUCCUUAAAGCAUGUCAGAUGAAAAACAAUUAGGAUUACAAGUUUCCAUUUAAUUUCCUUUAAACCAUUGAGGCUUCAUUAAACUCUUUUCACUUACUAAA